UGGGCUCGGUAACCACUGUGGGUCAAGCCGUGGACAGGCUCGGGUUCGUUGCAGGAGCAAGUCCCUGAUCCUGCAGAGCCUCUACACAUGUUUGUUUCUGGUCGCCGAUGCCGAUGACUUGCCAUGCUUCGGUGUCGCUGGCGUUGCUCUGGCUACGCGCCAGUCUGACCGAUGCGCUCUUCAUGAGGGUGCCAAUCGAAUCGCCGAAUCAGGCUGAGCACGAUCGUCCUCAUCGCAGAAGCAUGUACAAGAGGGUGGCCGACCUCCAGGCAGGCGAUAUCGAACUGCACAAGGAGGCAUACAGGAGGAUCGGUCAGCUGUUGGACCUUGCUACGAGCAUGCCGCAUUCGAAGCACAUCCUGCACUUUGUGAUGUCGCACCCUGAAGCUCCGGUGCUGCCCCCAGGCGGGUGCAUGUACCUCCCCAGCGACACUGCCUGGGCAUCUUUCUAUGAGCAUUUGGAACACCCGUUCCCCGCUCUUUUCGUUGAGAUGGUUGCUAAUUCAUAUUAUCCCAGCUGCAACGACACAUCACUCUCUGGCCUGAAGCUCCCAUCCUCUUGCGGCGCCGAAGCUAUGCGGGGCUCCAGGGGCUGUUUCAAGGUGACCAGUCUCGGCAGUGCGGCUGGCAUUGAGGUCUUCGAGACAGCUGGCCACGUCGGGUUGCCAGACAAGUGGUCCUACCACAUCGAGCACGCGACAGCGCCCAGAAGCAGGGUUCCCCAAACAGGCGCGGUCAGCAAGUGCGGCAUGUCAGGCGAACUCCCCCAGGUGCCCCAGGCUGCCAGGCUGGUGAUACCAACGAGGUACGUGGUGUGCCGGAUGUCAGACGAUGACGACAGCGUCACCGAGCAGCACGUGAGGGAGCAGAACAGGUGGGCCAACGAGGCCUUGAGCGGACUCUCGCCUUGGGCGCGCACGGACUUUGACGGCGACGAGCGCCCAGCUUCCGCGGACAUGCAGAUCAGCUUCGAGCUCUCGGAUAUUUCCAUCGUGACCGACAGCCAAUGUGCCAAGCAUGGAUUCACGAAGCCGUGGCUGCUGCACAAGUACAAUCAGAAUGCGUCGCAGCACUUCACAUUUGUCAUCAUCGCGAACGACCAAUCUGGCGUCAUGGGCCAGUCGUUGCUCCCGCACCAGCUGUCUGAGGAAGACAGUCCGGAGCAUAUGGUCGUGGUGAGCACCGAGGGAUUCCGGGGCCACGCCGGCAGGAACCGCGGAGACAUGCGGUACGACGAGGGGGACGCCCUGGUGCACGAGGCUGGGCACGGGCUUGGCUUGUACCACACCUUCGAGGGGAGCUGCGCGAACCGGGGCGCCAACGGCGGACGAGGCGAUUUCAUCGAGGACACGAGCGACGAGGCGAUGCCGCACUACGAGUGCGCUCUGACACGGUCCUGCGGCAAGGCCGACCCGGUCCACAAUUUCAUGGCCUAUUCGCCAGACUCUUGCAAGGUGGGCUUCACGGAGGGGCAGAAGCGCCGCGCGUGGUGCGAGCUGGAGCACCAUCGGGCCGCCCUCUAUCAGAGGUCGCUGAGGAAGUAGGCGAGCGGAAAGGUCUCGCCGAAGCAGCAGCAGCCCCUGGUUCCAACGACGGGGGCCGUAUCCUGGCCUCCAGAGGCGGGCGUCUCGCGAGACGGGCCCUGGCUGUGGACGCCACAGCGGUGGCACCCUGGCCGGGAGGGCGCGAUCACGGCCCGAUGAGCCAACAGAUGAGCGACGCAGAAAAACGGGGUCGUCUGCGCCGACAUCGGCGCGCAAGCUGCCCGCGUAAGGUUGCGCGUCAGCGCCUUGGUCUCCUCUGUGGCGUGCCGCGCGGGCGGCCUGCGCAAGCCAUCGCGUAAGGUCGCUGCGCCAUCUCCCCGCUGUGCGCUUGGGGCGACACUGCAGGGCCACUGCAGGGGACUCUUGAGCUGGAGACGGCUGGGGGUCUGAGGUGGCCCAGCACUGGUUCCGGCCAGCAGGAAGGGCGUGCGAGGUCCGG